CCUCUCCCCGCAAGCGCGAAUCUCUGUUUGUCUUCCGGCGUUCUUCCUCUGGGGAUUGGUGGCUUUUCCCUUGAGUGGUGUUGCUGGUGGUGGGGAUUGCUUGGGGUCCGUACAACCGGGCAUCCAUGGCGCCGGGGUGUUAGCUUCCGCGGAGACUACUCCUUCCCCUCGCGGCGUCGAGGGCACCAAUCGGCCCCUGUUGCGUGCUUCCUCCCGGCCGGGUUGCCUGUCUCAGACUCGCGCCCCAUCGUUGCUCCUAACACGCAGGCAUCACUCCGCCGAAGAGAAGAGCGCCACCUUGAAGGAGUUUUCUGGUCGCUCUUCUCUGCUACACCGGUGUUGAGACAAAGGUGUACUAUAACGUUGAUUUUGAUGGAUUAUGGUAAUUCUAGAAGUAAUUCCAAAAAGAGGACACAUUUCAAUUCUGAUGAUGGAAAGAGGAAACGGUUAAACUCCAGGCAUGAUGACACAUCUGUGUCCUCUGAGCCAAUUGAAACCAUUUACAGGAUAUUGUGCUCAGUAAAAAAGAUAGGCAGUGUCUUAGGGAGAGGUGGUGACAUUGUUAAGGCCCUUAGAGAGGAAACUAAAGCAAAGAUAAGGGUUGCUGAUUCCAUUCCUGGUGCAGACGAGAGAGUAAUUAUCAUCUUCAACUACCAAAAUCAAUCUGAACGAGCUGACGAAGCAGCUGAAAAUAUUUCUAAUGAUGGCUUAGAGAACAUGAAGCCUCAUUGUUCUGCCCAAGAUGCCUUGUUGAAGAUACAUGAUAAGAUUGUUGUGGACGAAGUUGUUCAUGACGGAGCCCACGAAAAGUCUGAAAUUGUUGAUGAUGUGACUGCUCGAAUUUUGGUUCCAGGCAAUCAAGUUGGCUGCCUGCUAGGAAAAGGUGGCUCUAUUAUACAACAACUGCGGAGUGAUACUGGUGCAGGGAUCCGUGUCUUGCCAUCCGAAAACCUUCCCCAGUGUGCAAUUGAAAGUGAUGAACUGGUGCAGAUAUCCGGAGCACCUUCUCUUGUAAGAAAAGCUCUCUAUGAAAUAUCUACUCGUCUCCAUCAACAUCCUCGUAAAGAAAAUCCACCUCUUGAAGAAAUAAUAGAUGCAAGCACACAAAGGAAACGCGAGUCUCCACCACCAUUACAACAUGGGAAUCCAAUGUUGCCACACCUGCGUGUUGAUGAUCCACCACCUGUACCCUUGCUUGAUUCAUAUAGACAUGGACCAUUGCGAUAUCCUGUUGCUGAAGCUGAAGAGUUUUCUGUCAGAAUUCUGUGUGCUUCUGAGCUCAUUGGUUUAGUUAUUGGGAAAAACGGGGCCAAUGUUCGGCAGGUAGAACAGCAGACUGGUGCUCGCAUUAAGGUUCAAGAAGUUGACAAAGAUGCUUCUGGAGAAAGGCUGAUUAUUAUUUCAUCUAAGGAGAUACCAGCUGAUCCAAUAUCCCCAACAAUUGAGGCACUUAUUUUGCUCCAUAAUAAAGUAAGUGCACCUUCUGAGAAACACCAUUUGAGUACAAGGCUUGUUGUACAAUCAAGCAAAGUUGGCUGUAUUCUUGGGGAAGGUGGGAAGGUAAUUACUGAAAUGAGAAGGCGAACUGGGGCUGAAAUUCGAGUUUACUCGAAGGCAGAUAAACCAAAGUACUUGUCUUUUGAUGACGAGCUUGUGCAGGUUGCUGGGCCUCCAGCUAUCGCAAGAGGAGCCCUCACAGAGAUUGCUUCGAGACUUAGAACUAGGACUUUGAGAGAUGCAAGUUCUGCCAAUAAUCCUCCACCUGUUGCCCCUUUUGAUGGUCCUCCUGUUGAUAUAUUGCCUAGCAGGGAAUUCACAUUAUAUGGAAGACCUGCCAAUUAUCCACCAUAUGGAAGGCCCGCACCUGCCAUUGAUCCACCAUAUGGAAGACCUACCAAUGAUCCACUGUAUGGAAGGCCUGCCAUUGAUCCACCAUAUGGAAGGCCUGCCAACGAUCCACCUUACGGAAGGCCUGCCAACGAUCCACCACACGGAAGACCUUAUAGUAAUAUACCAUAUGGAAGACUAAACGAAAGUGCACAUCGUGAUCCUUCCCAUGCAUAUCCUGUAGAUUUCUUUUCUAAAAGAGAAUAUCCUAGUGGAAGCCCUCUGUUUGUUAGUAAUGUCCCAUCAUCUGCUUAUCAGAGAUAUGCAGCACCUGCUCGCUUGCCUAGUAGAGAACUUCCCUCGUCUUUUAGUCCUGGUGCGGAUUAUAUAUCCCAUCGUUCUUAUCGUGACCAUGUGCCUACUGAUAGCUACUCUAGUAGGGGUACACAGCAAUUAGGCGUCACAAGAGAUGGAAAUUCAAAUGCUUAUGAAUAUACUGAGGCUGCUGGACAGAUGCAUGGACGUGAGGACUAUCGAGGACUUGCUGCCACUGGCAGGUUCUCAAGCACUAUUGAACUGAGGAUUCCAAAUAAUUCCAUGGAAUCUAUUAUUGGAGUUGGUGGGGUCAAUCUAGCGGAGAUCCGUCAGAUUUCUGGUGCAAGACUGAGGUUACUUGAAGCUCAUGCUGGUUCUUCCGAGUCUGUAGUGGAGAUCCGGGGCACGCUGGACCAAGCGAAAGCUGCGCAGAGCCUUCUGCAAGGCUUCAUUAGCGCUAACAGCCGAGGCACGCAGCAGCCAUCCCAAUCCCAGUCUUCUCGCAUGCCACAUUACCCAAGCUGGGUCUAGAUUCUGGUCUCGUAGCAGAGGAAAACAGAUCGAGCAGGGUUGCUGUGUGCCUGGAGCUAUCUGACUGCAGAUUAGUUGCCGCGUUGAUGUUCUUGGUGGAAUGGUAGAUAGCUUUUACAUUAACCGUGCAAUAACUUAGAUUAUGUCUUAUUGCCAAGUAAUGUCAUCUCUCUCUCUCUCUCCUGAAUGAAAUACCUAGUGACAAGAGCUGUAUAUGGGUUCUGAAUGUUUGAACCUGUUGUUAUAACGGCUGUUAUUUGAGGUCAGAGGCCAAAUGAAACUGCUCAUCUGAUACU